UGUGUGCGCGUGUUGUUUGGAUGCUUUUCGGAGCCUGGGAUGUUGUGGUAACGGGGAUGAUGAUUGAGACCCCAGAAUUAAAGUAACCACGUUCAGGGCAUCUCGGGCUUUGCUGGGCUGUCUCUUCUCCACUUGGCAGAAAUCCCCCUUUUCGCGCCCACCCGCCCAUUCGUCCUUCAUUCUGCUUUCGGAAGUGUGGUGUGCUGUUGCCGGGCUUCGUUGUUUUUGUACAGUCAGAUCGCGUCGACGUCGCUGCAUUUUGUGGGUUGUGGGUUUUUCUUUUCUUUUCAUUUAUUUCCUAGUUCUCAGUUGGGAUACAUGAAUUCUUUCAGUUUUUCGCAGGAGCUCAUGAGCUACCAUACUUCCAUGACGCGGCGGUUGAUGAAUUUUUUGGGGCUUGUGGUUUCUAAUUUGAUUUGAUGUCGUGAAGACGAAUUGAGGGUUAUGGCGACCUCGCAGCUCCGUUGUUGGCAUGUGCCAUGUUCUGCCGGCAGCUCGAAACCGUUGUUGCUGCGAGCUCAACAGUCUGCGUCUUGGCUCGGGAGUUCGACGAGUGGUUUGAUACGUCUGAAUGCGUUGACAUUAAGACUAAAUUCAUUCCCAAUUGGGUCGAGAAUAUUCCUGGGCUCAGUUGCAAGGGUCAGUCUUGGAACGAAGGCGUCAGCUUCAUUAACUACACGUGCAAUAGUAACAUCUACUUAUACUGCUCAACGCUUUGUAGUGCCGGUGCUCAGUUGCACACCUCUCCUCAUCGGCAGGAUAUGUAGCGGUGUCCAAACAUUGCCGCCCGUGCUACGACUAUACGUGGCAUCUGUCGGGUUGUGGGUGUUUGCUUUGUUGGGUCUGGUUCCUUUUGUUCGUCUAUUCUGGACAUUGAUUACGAAGAAAGAUGAUAAUUGGGAAACAAGUCAAACGCGGACAGUCUUGACGACAUACAUCCGGCCAAUAGUAUUGUGGACAGGAAUCAUCAUGAUGUGCAGGGCACUAGAUUCAGUUGAGCUGGCAUCAGAGGCGAGCACUGUAAUUAAGCUGCGAUUCAUCCACUUCAUGCGAUCGCUAGCGACAGUAACGGUAUUCGCUUUAUGUGCGGGCAGUUUGAUACAGCAUGUACAGAAGUAUCUAAUGAAGCGCACCAGUCUCAAAGACUCCCGCAGUAUGAGUUUAACUUUCGUCGGCAAUGCUGUUUCCACAUCAGUGUGGGUGGCAGCCGUUUGUCUAUUUUUGGAGCUUCUUGGGUUUUCCACCCACAAAUGGCUUGCAGCUGGAGGCGUGGGAACAGUUCUGUUAACCCUUGCUGGUCGAGAGAUUUUCACGAAUUUUUUAUCCAGCAUGAUGAUUCAUGUAACAAAGCCCUUUGUGGAGAGUGAGUGGAUUCAGACGAAAAUUGAAGGUCAAGAAGUCGUAGGGACCGUCGAGCGUGUUGGGUGGUGGUCACCAACUGUUAUUCGAGGAUCCGAACGUGAGGCAGUACUUGUUCCGAACCACAAAUUCAGUGUUAGCGUUGUUAGAAAUUUCACACAAAAAACACACUGGCGUAUCAAGACACACAUAGGGAUCAAUCAUCGCGACGUGCAGAAGAUCAGUAACAUUGUCGCAGACAUGAGGAAAGUGUUGGCAAACCAUCCCGAAAUAGAGCAGAAGCGGCUGCAUCGGCGAGUCUUUUUUGAUCACAUUAAUUCCCAAAAUUUGGCCCUGAUGAUUAUAGUAUCAUGCUUUGUUAAGACUUCCCGAUUUGAAGAGUAUCUCCGUGUCAAGGAAGUAAUACUUCUAGACCUCUUGAAAGUGGUAGCUCAUCACGGUGGACGCCUUGCUACACCUUUGCGAUCAAUGCAACGCACUGUAGAUGAUAGCGAAUCACGCCCUGUAAGUUCUGAUGGAUCCCAAGCUCGACCAAUUCUCUUGAAUACCGUGUUAACUAAAAGUGGAGAUGCUGACCAAAAAGUAACUUCCAACAACCCAAUGUUUGAUCAGAAAUCAUACGUGAGAAAACAAUCAUUCAAGGAAUCAGCUCAAACCGUAGAGGCACAAGCGGUGGUAUCAGUCGCUUCUGAUACUAAAGACCAAAGUGAUCCAUUGUCAAAAUGGAAAGCACGGAAGAGCAUUUCUAGACAUGUAAGUUUUAAUAAAGGUGUCCCAGCGACCUCUACUUUGCAGAACCCUCCAGCCAAGUCACCCGACGAUGAACCUGGGUAGCAGAGACCAUUCAUCAGAUUCUUUUAGGAAUAUGGAGGUGGUAAAUUGCCAGUCUCUUGUAACUGGUCAGGCCGAAGGGUCGGACACUGUCAUUCCUUCGAUGAUAUCAUGAAAUGAUUCCGAAAGUAGCUCAAAUUAGAUUUAUACCAGUGUAUUUUGGAACCGGAAGUUAACUAGACAUUGUACAGGGGUCUGAAAUUGUAUUAGCUAUUGCUGAAUAUCCUUCGGUCUGUGCUCUGGUGAGCGUAAAUACUGGCUGACAUAGAUUCAUCAAGGGUUAGUAGAUACCUUUUCUAUGUGAGCUGAGCAACAAAAUGAUACAAUUAAUUUGUGUCAUGUACAGAACAUGUGGAGAGAUCCUUGGUCAUGCGAAACAGGAAGGGGUUCUACUUAUGUAAAAAUAUUUGAAAUUUCUUUUUGUUACUCUAAAGAUUAA